AGAAGAUUCAUUUCGAUCUUUAGAAGCCUUAACCAUGCUUUUAGGGUCACCUCUUCAUCCAGCACCUAAAUGGCUCAAAAAUGUUUGUGGCAGGUUUUUGACCAAAAUUUUACUACGACCAAAUGGAGUGAAAGAUGUUAUGAAUUUUAUGAUUGGCGGAGAAAGUGAAGUUGGGUUGUCACAGUUUGAAGCAAUUUCAAAAUUAAUACUUUCUGUUCCUGCUCAGGCAAAGUCUUCUGAGGAUUAUUUUUCUAUAAUAUGCCCACAAUUGCUGAACAUAUUACAAUCAACCUCCGCGUUACCGUCCUUACAAACAUCUAACACCAAUGAUGCGACAUUGUCCGUUAUAAAAGUGACCGCUUUUACAAUCAUUAGAAUGGCCGAUAAAUUUCCUGCCAUCACCAAAAAGUUCAUAAUUGCUAAUAUAUUUGGUACAUUAUGGAAAUGGUGGGGACUAAUUCCAGAAGAUAGUCAAUCAUUCCAAGGUUACAAUUCUUCUACAGAUCUUGAUCCGCUGAUAAUGGAUGAACAAGAUCUACAAUUAACAAUUGCAACAAUACAUCAUAUAUUGGUUGGAAGUGAGCCUAUACCCGGUUUAUUGCAGAUGUUCCUAGAAGAUUCAGUGGUUCCAUUAUAUUAUCUUUAUUCUUUCACAUGCUUUUCAAAAUCCUUUUUGAAGAAUAUUGUUUUAGAAGUUUUAUUGGCUUAUUUUGGAAUUUUAAACAUUAGUGAGGGCGUUGAAGGUUUGAAAGAGAUUUUGCUUAGGAAGACUAAAGGGAGGAUAGCUCCUAAUGUUGGCGAUAUUGGAGAAAUUUAUUUUGCUCCUGGAACAUCUGGAGGUGUUGUCAUGAGGUUAAGAAUGUACGUUGAAUGCUUUCAACUUUCGAGUUUUUUGACAUUGCUCCAACUUGUUUUAUCAAUGAUCGAAAACCUUGGAUCUGCUAUUCUACAAAAACCUGGUCAAAUUAUUGCAUUUGUGAAUAAUGUAUUGGAGCGAUAUCAUCAGAAAAGUAAUGGAACGAAACAAACUACAGGCGAAAAUAAAAGUAUACUUGAUGAGUUGGAUAAUAUUGUAAAAGAUACAAAUGAAGAAGAAUUAAUGGAAGAUGAGAAUGAAGACGAUGAAAUUCUCUCUCUAGCCUUAACUCUUCUAACUUCAUUACUGGCUG